GUGGUCUGCACUGUGCUGCUGUGUUUAGUCUCUCCCUCCAGACUCCCUACGUUUAGGAGAGCGACAAGCUGGUCGUACCUAAUACAUGGCACCGUCUCGGAACCAGUAGCCCGAGUAAGUUAUCUGUCGAUUUUACAUUCUGAGCCGGACUUCAUUGUUUUAUCGGGACUGUAAAAUACCGUGCAGCUUGUACACAUACAUAUAUAUAUGCGCCUGAGGUGUGGAUAACAAAGGAAGAAGAUAACGUAACGUUAGAAGUUUGCAAGCGUCGUCCACAUCACCGUUAUCGUCAUGGAAAGGUAGACUUUUCCUAAAGGAGGAUGGUUUGGGGGUAGUUAUAUGGAGACUGAGUUGGAAGUGGGAGCAGCUUUCGAAAGGAUACAGUCGGGAAACAUAGGCCUAGUUGAAAAACUUUUCCUUGUUUCCCGUGGAAGAACAAGGCGGUGACUGGCUUGGAUUGUUGUAAAGUAAUCUUUACGCACGGUCUGCGCCGACAGAUUUCUACAGCGCAAGAUGCGCCUGUUGAGCACCUCGUGCGGAUGUAACCGCGGACAAAUCCGAGGGAAAGCACACAAGUCUGGGAUGAUGUAUUUGCUCUUCCUCCUUGCGCUCGCACUGUCCUGUCACGGCUGUCCGGACAAAUGCUUGUGCUUCUCACAAACUGUGAAAUGCCAAAACCAGGACUUGGACACGAUUCCGCAGGAUUUGCCGGCCAAUACCAAAUUCCUGUUCGUCACAGGAAACAAUAUUUCCCAUAUUAGUGUGGACUCUUUCCCAAACCGCCUGGAACUAUUAACAGAUCUCUAUCUCAGUGGGAAUGAGAUGGAGUCUGUGGAUGCAAAGGUAUUUGACAACUUGCCAAACCUUGUGCGGCUGGACCUGAGCAACAACAAAUUCCAGACUUUCAGUGAAAGAGCUUUCCCUCACAAUAAUACACUGCAGUUCCUCAAUCUCAGUAGGUCUUUUCACAACCAUUCCUUCAUAGAUGAGGUCCUGGGUGUCCUGCAGAGUGGAAACCUCUUCCAGCUGACGGUCCUGGACCUGUCCAACAAUGACCUUGUGAUUCUUCCAGACAACAUAUUCGCCAGCCUCUCCAACCUGGUCAACCUCAGCCUGCAGAACAGCUCCAUCAUCUCCAUGCAGAACGGGACGCUGAAGGGGCCGCUGCUGCGUGACCUUGACCUGAGGGACAACAGCCUGAGGGAUCUGUCCACCACCACCCAGGCAGAGUUCAGCCUCAACCCCGGCGUCCGCAUCCGGCUGGCGGGGAACCCCUGGCGCUGCGACUGCUUCAUCGAGGACACGCUGUCGUGGCUGAAAAACUCCACCCAGGUCGUCGACGUGCAGAACCUGACCUGUACAGAACCCGAGGCCCUGAGACACCAGCCGCUCCUGCAGGUAGAGCAGUCGCAGCUGAAGUGUUCUGGCGACAUGGAGGGCGUGCUGGAGACUUCUUAUGUUUUCCUGGGGCUGGUGCUGGCUCUGAUUGGCGUCAUAUUCCUGCUGGUGCUCUACCUGAACAGGAAAGGCAUCAAGCGGUGGAUGUACAACAUCCGGGAUGCUUGUAGGGACCACAUGGAAGGGUACCAUUACAGGUACGAGAUAAACUCUGACCCGCGUUUGGCCAACCUGAGCAUCAAUUCAGAUGUGUGAGAGAGGACGGGACACUGUCUUGGACCCCACAGUGAGAUAUCAAAUGACUUAUACUGUUAAGAUUUGCAUGAAAGUCUUCCUCCCCUUCCCCCUUUCCCCCCACGAUGCUAUUGAGAUUUGAGAUUUGACAUCUGUCAUGGCUCCUAAUUAACCCCUCUCACAACCUCCAUUCAGCCCCACUGCCGCAUGUCCUAUACAAGUACCUGGCAGCUGUGAUGUCAACUGCAUGGACAGUGAAUCAUGGUGAAGGGUUGUUGUUUUUGUUUUUUUGGAGAGUUGCGAAGAGUCAUAUGUUCUAUUUUUACUUUUCCUAAAGGAUAAACGUAUGGAAUACAUUGACUUUUAAGUGAAAUACCUAUCAAAAACACAUACUGCCCGUCAUUGCAUCCCUCUCAUUAUGCCUCUGCUGCAGAGAAAUGCUAUACUGCUUGUUUAUGAGUUUGUUCUUUUUAAUAUGUGAAUUUGUGAUAUACAAUAUACCUUUUUUUUGAAUGAUUAUAGUGCACACUGCAUAGUUUUUGGAUUUAGUAGGUGGCUGUAAUUGCUCUUUUUUUCUGUGAAGAUAUUCAGCUAAAUAAAAUGGAUUGCUGGUA